AUGACUCUUCAAGUGAGCAGUAUCGACAUGUCCACUAGUUCGAGUUUGGAAUCUCAACACCUCGUCACACCCGUCGUCUCGCAGGUCGGCAUGAGCGAUGGAGAGCAAAAAGACUUGCUGAAGAAAGACAAUGGCGAGUCCAACACAGAGUCAUCUUCCAACAAGCCUAUCAUCACAAAAGCUGUCCUUCCCCUUCCUCCUCACCUAGACGUCAAUAUCGUCAGCCCUACACCACCCAAAUCUACCCGGUUGCCCUCUCUCAGACAGCUCUCAGACCACCUCUCACAUUCCCCAUCCCCUCUGUACUCCUCCUCCUCGUCCGCUACCUCCUUGACGGAGACACCUACUUCCGGUACACCAAGCCAACUUGUCGACAAGAAUCUCGCUUGCACGACAAAUUCAGCCACCCCGGACCUGUCUCGACCUCGUGUCGAACAGACUCCCCCCAAACUCAAAGUGGCCAUCAAUCCUUCUGCCAUUCCUCCCACGACAACGACAACGACAUCCUCUUCCUCUCCUUCCUUCACAGCAUCACCUUCGGGUCGAUUAAAACUCCCUAUAAGCGCCAUGACCCGGACGCAUUCUUCGUCUUCCACUUCUUCCGCCUCUCACUUGCUUCACCACCCUCUGCCUCCCAUCCCUCCAUUUGGGACCAAAAUCGACAAGACAGGUGAUAAACCUCUGACACCAUUGGAAAAGAAUACGGAUCUUUUUGGACCGGUCCCCGCUCCCUCCAUGUCGCCUUCUGACACGUCCAUGUCACGAGGACCGAGCGUCGAAGGAUACAUCAAAGGGUACAAGGAUGUCCCUUCUCUCGCUGCGAUACGAGAACGAGUCUCUUUCAGUAAAGCCUCGGGGAAGAUUGCAGGCGAAGCGUUGAAGAGUGAUCCAGGAGUCAACGCGGGGGUCCCUCAAGAUAAGGAGAAUGUGAAUCCCACGAUUUCCCCUGCGCUUUCGUCACCCGGUAAACCCAAAACAGCCAAGGCACAAGAGCAUCCAUUGGAGCACGCUUGGACGCUCUACUUUGAUGCCAAGUCAUUCAAACCACCGCCCGGUCUCUCAAACGGCGGUACCAAGGAGGGUCAAAGUCUCUUGGGGGACUAUGAAAAGUCGCUCGUUACAGUCGGUCGAUUCGAUACGGUCGAAGGGUUUGCCCGACAUGUCAACAAUGUCAGAUUGCCUUCGAGCCUUUCCAAGAACUCCAACUACCACCUGUUUAAAGAUGGUAUUCGGCCCAUGUGGGAAGAUCCUGCCAAUGCGAAUGGAGGUAAAUGGGUGAUCCUGUUGAAGAAUGCUCCGGCGUUACUUGAUCAUUCAUGGGCCAACUUGACCAUGGGGCUAGUCGGUGAGAUCUUGGAUCCGGAUGAUGAAGUCUGCGGCGUGGUCGCUUCGACGAAACCUAAAGUCGACAGGAUCCAAAUUUGGACGAGAGAUCGAAAGAAUGUAGACAGACUCAAUAGAUUGGGUCAGCGAAUCGUCGACACCCUAUCGUUGGAUGGCAAGGAGAUGGAAGUCAUGUCGAUGGAAUUCCAAUACAACAUUUCCAAUCCUAAUCCUCCUCCGAACCUCUUCUUUCACAUCCCCUUCGCGGGGCCUCGCUCAGCGUCAUUCUCAGGAGGCUCCAACUUGGGUAUCCAAACUUCUCUACAUGCUCCGCCUACGCCAUCGAGGCUAGGAACGCCCACCAGUCCACUGACAGGUCAUUCAUCUUUACCUGCCGUUCCAAAAUCUCCAACGUUAUCAGCAUUAUCCAAUACAGGUCACCAUAAUCUUCCUGGUGGGAUCCCAAGUCGAACGUCUUCACCUGCUAUGCCUCGUUCCCCCACGUCUGGGUUCGGUCAGUCGAAACUUGGUGCACCCAUCAGAGAAGUCAGAAGACUCAGUGCAGGUCAUGCAUUUGCGGGACCUAUGGGCGGCGGGACCAAUGGGACAGUCUCUACGCAAGGUAAAAGUGGAUUGUUGAAGAAGGAUCUUCAGACGACGACAAAUGCCACCACCACCAAUAGUCCCGUCGUCGCCGGUAUCAGGUGA